GGUGUAUGAUAGAAAAAGCCAACAGAAUUCAUUCAUACCAUUUCCUGUUUCCUUCUUGAUUCUUCGUGUAGGAACGAUACAGAAAGGUACAGAUUCUCCUUGGAUAAGCACUAAUUUAAAGUUCCAGCUAGACCAGUAAGCCAGUUAAGGAGAUGGUGUCAGAAGCUGCCUAUGUUUUCAUGGCCUUGUAAACUUCAGUGAAAAUAUUUACUAACGGACACAGACCAUCCCUUCUUGAGUCCAAGAUGCUGCAGACUGUUUGAAUCAGACUCCUGAGCUCUUUCUCAGCCACUUUCAGAGACAGAAAUGCUUCUGGUGAAGAAGUUUUUGAUGGUUCAUGGAGCUUCCAUUCACCAACCUGGAAAUGGCGUUCAUUUUAUUGGCUUUUGUUAUCUUUUCAUUAUUCACUCUGGCUUCCAUCUACACUAACCCAGAUGAGAAGAAUGAAGGUAAAAAAAAAAAAAAAAAAAAAAAAAAAAAAGCAAUGAAAAAGAGCAAUUGCAGUAAAAAA